AUGGAUCAAGGCCUUUCAACAGGGGCCCAUCAAGAUAUUGAUGGGCUACGCGAAAGAAAUGUGCGCACCGAUUCAACAGUCGGUCGCGAGGCACUGACUGCGACUGGGGAAGUGGAGACCAAGGACAAAGCCGGCAACGAGCUCAAGACCUUUGGGAGAACUCCCGAUGGAACAGUGUUCACGGUCCCGCAGACGCAUGACAUGGUCUCCCAGCUUCUUUCACCGUCGGAACCUAAGAAUUUUGGUGAUCUCGUGGUAAUUAUCUUACUGGCAGGCCACAUUCUGUUUCUCUGGGCACUCCCAGCAGGCGCGAAAAUCCCGGUCUUUGCGGUCACCUACCUCUUCUGGCGCAUGGCUUACAAUGGUGGAAUUGGAUGGCUGCUGCACAACCAGUCGCAUCACAAGACGCUGCUGAGGUGGGCUGAGAAGACCAAGGUUUUUGUUAAUCCCGCCACUGGGAAGAACCCGCACCCCAAAUUGUAUAACUGGAUCAAAAAAGAGCUGGAGACCAAGAUCCCGCAGGACUACUCGUUCGACGAUGCUCCAAUUGAAUACAACACCUGGCUUGUCUUUAGACGUCUUGUGGACCUGAUCCUCAUGUGUGAUUUCACUUCCUAUUGCCUUUUCGCGAUUGCUUGUGGCCACCAACCGGUGGACGAGAGCCUUGUCAUGGCCAUUCUUCGCUGGUCCGCAGGUAUCGUGUUAGUGCUGUUCAACCUCUGGGUCAAACUAGACGCCCAUCGAGUCGUCAAGGACUAUGCUUGGUAUUGGGGAGAUUUCUUCUACCUCAUUGACCAGGAAUUGACUUUCGAUGGUGUGUUCGAAAUGGCACCUCACCCCAUGUACUCGGUCGGCUACGCGGGAUACUACGGAAUCUCCUUGAUGGCAGCCAGCUAUAAAGUACUGUUCAUCUCUAUCAUUGCCCAUGCAGCACAAUUCGCCUUCCUGGUCCUCGUGGAAAACCCGCACAUCGACAAGACCUACAAUCCACCACCUCCCCGAAAGCGCUCUACCGUGGACUCCACCAGUCUCCCGAUCGAUCUAGACACUCCAAACGCGACAACCCCGUCUGAAGAUCAACCUCCCAAUGCGACCUCCUCGUACUCGGCCAAGCCACCCCAGUCUGUCCACAACCUUCUAGGGCUGCACAACCUGGACCUGUAUAGAACCACGGACUCUUCGAUCUUACUCGUUCAGAUUCUUGUAUUCUCAAUCACGGCUUUGACGCCAUCCACCCCAUGGUAUCAAUUCUUGUUUGUGGCCUUUGCGGCUGCUUCCAGGAUUUGGUAUUCAGUAGGCAUUGGAUACCUGCUCCGAAACCAAUCCAACACCAAAUCUUGGACCAGACACUUUGUCAAGUAUGGCGACACGCCACAAGAGGCGUGGAACCAAUGGAAGGGUACAUACCAUCUUAGCAUGAUACUGUGUUAUUCCACCUUCAUCGCCGCCGUGUGGAAGAUGUACACUUUCCCGGCUGACUGGGGCUAUGGUCUCGUUUUGUUCCGACACAUCCUCGGAGCAGGUCUGAUUAGUCUUCAAAUCUGGACUUCAGUCAGCAUCUACGAGUCCCUCGGUGAAUUUGGCUGGUUCUACGGUGACUUCUUCUUCGAUGAGUCCCUGAAGCUUACCUACAAUGGUAUCUACCGCUUCCUCAACAACCCCGAGCGCGUCCUCGGUCUGGCGGGUGUAUGGGGCGCCGUCCUCAUAACCAGUAGCGGAGCUGUCACCUUCCUCGCUUUGCUGAGCCACAUCCUGAGCCUGGCCUUCAUUCAAUUCGUGGAACGCCCGCACAUGCAGAAGCUGUACGGCCGCAGCCUUCGCCAGGAUGCCGGUCUCGUCAAGAGUCUCAAGCGGUCUUUACCUCCCUCUCUCCAGCAGCUUCACGGAAGCGUUGACAAGAUGUUUGAUGACUCUUUCGACUUCAUCGAAGAGCUCCUCGACAAUGCCCGGCCAAAGCUCGCCGCAGGAGUGAACACCUUCGUUAAGGAUACCACAGCUCUCUUUCAGAAGUACCCCGCUCGUGUCACUAUCUCUCGGAUCGAUGCGGAUCUCGCUGGAUUCGAUACCUGCGACUAUUCCCUGUCUGUGGAGGGAACCAAUGCCGUGUCUUUUGAGGAAAGCGGCAAGAAUAAGGGCCGCGAGGGUGCCAACGCCCAGAUGCCCCUGGACCGCCGUGGUGACCUCAAGGACCUGACCUUCGAAUACGGUUCCCCAAUCAAGGUCAAGUGGACUGCGCCUCUCAACCACAGCAAGAAGGACUGGAUCGGUAUCUACCGCGUCACAGACAACACCUCUCGCGAAGUGACCCGUGUAUCAUCGCAAGGCCGCUGGGUCGCAACAAAUGAAGGCUCAUAUGAUAACCUGACUUGUGAGAAGGGCAUUCUGACAAGCGAUGUUGUCGUCUCAUUGCCCCAGGGCACGGACAAGAGUACCCGUAAGUUCGCCUCUGGCGAGGUCGUCCUUACUGGCGACAAGCUCUUCUGGACGCAAGGUGUCUUCGAGCUGCGCUACCACCACAAUGGCAUGCACAAUGUCAUGGCCAUCUCCCGACCCUUCGAGAUCCGCAUCCGUCGCUCAGACGAAGAUGACACCGUCGUGGACGCCGAAUCUAUUUCGGAACCUGCCGUUGAGAAUGCUUUGUUGCCCGUCGUUCGAAACUGCUUUGACCGUGAUCCUGAAAUCGCUCCGGAGACUGCGGAGGAGCAGUUCGGCAGUCUUGUCGAACGUGAUGGCAAGUUUGCUAAGCGUGUUGUGUUUGCUGUUCAUCAGAUGUUUGGUAUCGAAUUAGCACCCGAGGUUGUGAAGUCCGAUGGCAAUGUCCGAAACCUCGCCUGGAGAAUUUGCAAUGCGAAGAAAGUACUGGCUCCUUACAGCAUGUCCAGAUCCAACGGGACGACGACACCGCUCGAAGAGAAUAAAGAAUAA